AUGUUCAACGUUCGAGUUGAAGACCGUACCGUACGGUACAGCCAGCGCACCAUACCUUGCCCAAGAGUUCUUCAGCAACUAGCCGACGACGAACGCGACAAGUAUCCCGAAGCAGCUGAAGUUCUACGCAAGGAUUUCUACCUCGAUGAUCUGUUUUCCGGUGGACGCAACGUAGCAGAAACAAUCGUUUUACGCAAGCAGCUCGACGCGCUGUUACUCAAGGGCGGUUUCGAACACCGCAAAUGGGCAUCCAACGAACACGCAGUACCACAGGAUAUCCCAGCAGAAAAUCGUGCUGUACAAGGGUCAGUCGACUUAGACCGAGAUUCACGCAUAAAAAUGCUUGGACUGCACUGGGAACCGACCAGCUUCGCUACAAAAUUCAGCUUCAUCCGUCAACAACAGAUGCACCGUUUACGAAAUGCAUUGCACUGUCAUAUAUCGCACACUUUCUGGGCCUUGAAGGACGACGACGGCAAGAUUUGGAGCUGGGACAACGAACUACCGACAGCCAUCAAAGAACGCUGGCAAGAAUACCAAUCGCAACUCCACCGGCUGAACGAUUUCCGCAUCGACCGUUGCAAUCUUCUGUCCAAUCCCGUAUCAGUCCAGCUACAUUUCUUCUCCGACGCUUCAGAACACGCAUACGGCUCGUGUGUCUACGUCCGCUCGACAGACGCCUCUAGUUCAGUUAAGGUUUGCCUGCUGACUGCGAAAUCGAAGGUAGCACCCCUGAAAAAGCAAAGCAUUCCCCGACUCGAGCUCUGCGGUGCCCUUCUGUCUGCUGAACUCUACGAGAAGGUGACGUCAUCGCUCCAAAUACACGCAGAUGCGUUCUUUUGGGUCGAUUCUACCAUCGUGCUGAGUUGUCUAAAUUCUUCUCCGUCGACCUGGACAACGUUCGUGGCCAAUCGAGGCUCCAAGAUUCAGACCGCCACGCAAAACUGCUUUUGGAACCACGUAGCAGAAACCCUUCUACAAAACGAUCUUUGGUGGCAAGGAUCUCAAUGGCUGCAGAGCGAUCAACGCGACUGGCCAAUACAACAACCGAACGCUAAUCAGCCUCCCGAAGUCCUCAUAGAAGCAAGAAAAGUACCAGCAGCAGUAACUUCCGCCGCCAUCGAACCCUCAUUCGUCGACCAGUUCGUCGAAACAUUCUCCAAUUUCCAGCAUAUGGUCCGAGUAGCCGCUUACUGUCGACGAUUUGGUCAGAACUGUCGGAAAACUUCUACAGCACGAGCGGAAUCAGCACAUCUUACAGUUGACGAGCAGAAGGACGCAGAAGCGACGAUCAUCAGACUCAUCCAACGGCAAACCUUCAGCCCUCCAACAAGCACAAACUGUAUCCGCAAAAUCUCGCAUCCGUUGGUUUCAUCCCUUUAG